UAAUUAUUUAUGAAAUAUAAGCCCAAUAUAAAUGUUAACUCAUCUUAAAACUUAAUAAUUGCACUUUUCAAUAAAAUUUAAACAAUUUAAAUGGCACGAUCAUAGUCGCGAUUAUCUCGAUUAAUCUUGACAUUCAAUAUGGCGGCAUGUCGUCAGUGCUAUGCUGUGUCGUGGAAGUCAAGUUUAACAAAAUAUCAUCAGUGAAAUAAGCACUGUGGCUGUGCUUCGAUUCAGCAAGCAUUGAAGACAUCUGAGGAUAUAGUGUGACAUGAUCCUAACUAGUUUUAUUCUUCAAUGUUAUUGGUGAUAAAUUGUGACUUUACAAGAACUCAAUGGUGUUCUGAACUUGGAGAAUUAGAAAGUGUGAUUUGCUUUUUUUAAACAUAUAUACCAUUGUUAGGUGUAACAUCAUACAAUUACAAGUUUCUGUGAUAUAUUGGUACAUAAAUACUGAGUUUUUCGACCCAUAUACAAAGAGAGCAAUAAGAAGAAAUGUCCGGUAAUCCUCAGUGGAAAAUGUUCCAGCCGUCAGAUUCACACUCCUCCCCCUUGCAGGAUAUUUUAGAUCUUCAGCACCCCAAUAUGCAAAACAAACAAGUGUUCCGUACUGGUACUUACAGCAGUGAGUACCCUAGUUCGCCUAGAGAUAACUUUAACAAUAUGAACAAGUCAAGCGGUGGAAACCGAUAUCCCCUUAGUAACUAUAACUUGGACGGCUGCCCAAUGGGGGACUCUGCUGGUGCCUAUUCAUCCAGCUCCACCAAUAAUGCCUCAUCUAACUAUGAUUCCAUCAACUGCCCUUCGAUAAGGGAAACUGGCAUAAUAGAGAAGCUGUUGCAUUCGUACGGGUUUAUACAAUGUUGCGAAAGACAGGCCCGUUUGUUCUUCCACUUCAGCCAGUUCAGUGGCAAUAUUGAACAUCUCAAAAUUGGUGAUCCAGUUGAAUUUGUUAUGAGCUACGAUCGACGCACCGGAAAACCUAUUGCCUCCACGGUAACAAAGAUUGCACCAGAAGUGGUGUUGAGUGAAGCUCGAGUAACAGGUACGGUUACAACUGAAGUGAAAGGUGAGGGCUCUGGUGAUAAUACUGGACGCAUUUCAUAUGAGAACAGAGGUGAAUGCUUCUUUUUGCCCUACACAAAAGAUGAUGUUGAAGGUAAUGUAACUCUACACACUGGAGAUGCUGUUAGCUUUCAGAUUGCAACCAAUCAGAGGGGGACAUUGGGCGCUUGUCAUGUUAGAUUUGAAAAUCCUGUACACCCUGUUAAAUAUCACGGUGUUAUAUGUUCGAUGAAAGAAAAUUUCGGUUUUAUUGAACGGGCUGAUGUUGUUAAGGAAAUUUUCUUUCAUUAUUCAGAGGCAAAGACCAAAGAAGAGUUGCUGUUAGGGGACGAUGUUGAAUUUAUCAUUCAAACUAGAAAUGGUAAAGAAGUUGCAUGCAAUAUAACAAAACUGCCAAGUGGUUCAGUAGUGUUUGAAGAUGUUGGUCCAGAACUUAAGAAGGGUCAAGUAUUAAAACCUCUCGAGCGUGGUAGCAUGAGUCGCGCACAACAAAAUGACCCUCUACCGGGAAGAAUUAGAUAUCGUGCAGAGGACCAUUCUGAAGUAGAGGUCCCAUUUGGGGAUAAAGAUCAAAUUGGGGAGUUUACACUGCGCCACGGCGAUUGGGUGCAGUUCCAAGUCGCCAUUGAUAGGAGGGACCAACUUAAACGUGCGACGAAUAUUACUUUACUUGAAGAAUCGUUUAAUGUAUCUGGUGAAAGACGUGAACAAGGACUUGUCAGUUCUCUGAGGGAUGGAUUCGGUUUUAUUCGUUGUGUGGAAAGGGAACAAACAAUGCUUUUUUAUUUUACUGAAGUUCUACGCCUCGGUCGAGAACUGAGUGUUGGAGAUGAGGUCGAAUUUACUGUUGAUCCUGUGUCGACCUUCUCUAAUAUGAACACUCGUCAAACUGCAAUACGUAUUAAGCAUUUGUCUCCGGGGUCUGUUAAUUUUGAGUGUUUAGUUGAGCGUGGCAUUCGUGGGGUUGUGACCAAGGAGGCACAAUUGCUGACCUCAUCUUCGAGCCCAAAUAGAAAAUCGUCCAUCGAUUAUAAUGGCCUUAUUACUGCACAAAUCAAUGGAGUUAAGAAAACUUUGCCUUACACUGCCAAAAAAUGUGAAUCUAAGAUGUUACCCCGUAAUGGGGAUAAAGUUAUUUUUGAUCUUUAUCAGAUAAAAAGAACUAAAGAGUUGAUUGCGAUGGCUGUUCAAACCCAACAUAGCCUUACAAAUGGUAGCAUCAGUGGUAGUUGCCGUCCUAUUAUGAGGGGUUUUGUUGCUGCCCUCAAAGAUGGGUUUGGUUUUAUUGAAACAGCCGAUCACACCAAGGAAGUUUUCUUCCAUUUCAGCAAUUUGGAAGGCAAUCCUGAUCAUUUGGAAUUGGGUACAGAGGUGGAGUAUUCAUUGGGACGUGUGAACGGAUCAGGGGGCGGGUGCGCUAGUGCUGAAUUUGUGCGUGUUUUGCCUAAAGGGUCUUUACCUAUUGCUGAGCCACUGGAGCCGACUAUCAAUGGCACUGUGACCAGGACCCUUCGUGCCCUUAACCCUGAUCAAGCACAAUAUUCUGGUGUGAUUCAAAUUGAAGGCGGUAUGACAUACGAGUUUGGUAUAAUGGGUUUGGCGUGCAAGAGGGAAAUCCUGCAAGUUGGUGAUCCAGUAACUUUCCAAGUGGACAAGGAGAGUAGGGCAACUAACAUCGUGCCUAUCAGGAAGAAACGGCGAGCCAUUGUUGAUGCUGUCAAAGGUGGGUUUGGUUUCUUGUGCGUGGAGUCUGAAGAUAAUCGUCGUCUGUUCUUCCACAUGUCGGAAGUGCGCGGGAAUCCCUCGGAUCUGCAGCCCGGAGACGCGGUGGAAUUCGUCAUGCUUACCAACCAAAGGAAUGGAAAAUGCUCCGCUUGCAAUGUCGUUAAGAUCAGUAAACCUAUGAAGCGCGGAGAUCGUUCUGAGCGUCCUCUGGCGCGGCUGCGCACUGCUUCCACCGAGGAAGGUGCUCCGCGCGUCGUAGUCACGCGCAACCCGCGUGGACCCGACGGCAGCCGCGGCUUCAGACCACGCAGACCCAUCGCAGAGCAAUUGAUCGAGUGGCUGCAGAACGUCAAGAUGUGAACACUUCACCACUGCUAUUUAUUCAACAGCGUAGGGUUAAACAUCCUAGGUUUGAUUAUAAAAUUCAAAGUUUUCAUUGUAUUCACAAGAGACUGACUGAUUCUCUUUCCUAUAGCGGCAUUUAGAAAAUUGUUUUUGUUAUUUAUACAACUCGAUAGAGGAAAUAAUUUUCAAAUUGAAAAAGAUGCCUUUUCGGAACAGUCGUGUAAGCAAUUAGAACUGUUGCCUUCAGCCCAAUGCAAUUAUACAUCGAUCAAUAAGGACUUCACCGUAUAUAGCUUGUAAUUGAUGAGCAAAAACAUAUCAAAGUUUUUUAUACGUUUUAUUUGCUUAUAUAGAUUUCCAUUUAAGUGAGAGGUUCUUUUUCGCAUAAAUACGUUGUUCAAAAUUCCGUUUAUACCAUUCCUUAGCAAAUUUGUAUCGUGAUUUACCUUUGAACCUAAUAAUCACAACUAAGACACGUAACAGUUGAAGUAUGAAGCAAAAAAACAUAAAAAAUUAAUGCCCUAGCACAAAACGAAUCCAGCUUUUAAUGCUCUAAGUAUCAAAACAUGUAAAUACAAUAUAGUCAGUAAGUAUAAUGUUAUUUGGAAGCUCCUUUUCGUUUCCAUUGUAAAUUACGUUGCGAUUACUAAAUUAUAAAUUUUUACUGUUUUUUUUUAAAAUAAGAAUAUAUUUUGAAAAUACGUUUACAAGUAUAAUAUUUGGAUCUCUUGUUAUGAAUAAUUCUGUGAUGAUUGUGUCGAUAAAAUUUCAUUGUGUUUGUUCAUUUUAAAUGUUGUGCAAUUUUUAAUUUAAAUUUAAAUGAUAGUUAAUAACCCCCACCUAGUCCUGUACACGUGUGAAACGCAUCGAAUCUGCUUCAACUUUUAUGUGUCUGCAGAUGUAAUGCUACCCUACUGUUUACGUGUCGAACAAAUAAAAUAUUACGUAGCUGUUAAAACAUUUUUUUAUGAAUUGGAUAUAAAGCAUUUAUAAAGUAUGCUAUGAACUGCAUUGGAACCAAAGACUGAAAAAAAUAUUUAUUACAAUAAUACUAUUGGUGUUAGAUUACUUUAACUAUAUGUUAUACAAGACGAGGCCAUAGAUAUUGUGAACAUUAUUUUCUAUACCAUUGAUGAGUUGACAAUACCGUUUUCUAAAUGUAUAAUCAAUUUCUUAUGAUUAAGUUAUAGACGGCUGAAAGAUACAUUGAUGUUGGAAAAAAAAAAUAAGUUGGUACAAUAUUAUUACUAUAAGGCUGAAAGGUAUGAACCGUAAGAAUUUUGACUGUGAGUCGAAGUUCUUUUAAUAUUCUGUGACUUGUGUAGAAGAGGCCUUAUGUCACGAAAAGCUUCCCGCAUACAACACCUUGCAAUCUAUCGUGAUGUAACCCUAAAAUAUACACUAAUUGUUUUUUUUUUAUAUAUUAUUUAUUUUUGUUGCAUACCCAGUUUAGAUUACAUUUAUUCGUAAAUACAACCGAAUUUAAGGUGCCACCAACAUUAUCUCCUUAAAAAAAAAUACAUCUAAGAAAAUCUGUUAGUUUUUCAUUAUUUUUUUUUAAUGUUCCCCCCUUCAUUAGGGGAUGGUUAAAGCAACGUUUGGGAUUGCUUUUGUAUUCCUUCUUUUCGGUUGUUUAUAAAUCCUUGUGAUAUAACGAGUCCUGAUACACCGGACGAAUUAAUAAAAUGUUAUGAUUAUUUCCAAAGAAAAAAAAUAAAAAAAGAAAAAAAGAGGAAUUUUGAACAAACGUUAAUUAAUAUAUAAUAUGCUUGUACGCUUUAAAACUGCAUGUUAUUAUUUGCUAAAACUCAUUUACAUGUAACCGUUUAUAGUAAUAGUAAUAACUUAUAUAAUAAUCAGGAUAUUGAUGUUGUAGUGUAUUACAUAAGACCCCGGAUCGUUUCGGGUAGGUAUUAUAUACUAGUCUUAAACACUCGCGCUUGCCGACAAUUAUAUAACCAGUCGUGCGUAAGGCAAAUGCUAGUGAACAAACAUAUAAUCUUUAUGCAUAAAAUUUUGUGAUGCUAUCGUAGAAAGGAUGCACGUAUUUUACAAUAUUUAACUAAAAAAUUUACAUCAUUUUUUUUUUCUUAUUUUUUACACUAAUUUGACUGUUUUUUUUGGGAAAAAUAUGUUUUUUUUUUGGUACUAGUAUGCGUAUUUGAUUAGACGUGCAUCCUUACAAUGUAUUAGUGGAAGUAUAACACGAUUUCCACGAUUGUAUUGAAUUUCAAUUUAUAAAAUUUGAUUUUUUUUACACUUUAUUUGAUUUGAUUUUGAUUUUGAUUGACACUGAAAUACAAUUUUGCGAAAAUCUUUUUUAUUUGUAAUUGUAAGUGCCGUGGCUUACGGAUCAAAUAACAUGGAUAGUUUCUGGUUAUGAUUUUUUUUAUAAUAAUAUCCAAUUUUUUGUAACUAGUCCAGUGUUUUUGGUCUGAAAUAAUAAAAUGUACCUGAAAAGUUUUUAUGCGAUUUGAAAAAAUCAUAUCAGCGAUUUAAUGCGGUUUUUACGAAUUUCAAUUUUGGUAUUUAAUAUUGUGCCGCUUACGACGCCAUUUUGAAAAAAUGGCACUUGUUGAAAUUUUCUUAUGAAACACCUUUACAUCUUUACCACCAGCAAUUUUAAUAAUCAAUAAAGUCUAAUAGCAUAAUUGAAAAAUAAUAUAAUACCAAUUUUUUUUAUUAACAAAAAAAUACGGUCAAGAAAAGAAUCACGCAUUUAGAAUUUAAUCCUUUACGACUAAAAUAUAGAUUAUGAAAAAAAUCUGUCAAUAUGGAGGAAAUUUUUUUUAAACAUUUCGUCUAAAACUGCUAUUAGAUCUUUUUUUUUCUAAAAUUACGGUGGCGAAGACAGAAAAUACCAAUAUUGAAAUACGGAAGAACCUAUCGACAUUAAAAAACACCACUUUCUAACACUUCCGUGAAACUUUCCAGGUAUAAAUGACUAAUGCGUGGACAAAAACUAAAAAAAUAAACUUCACAUUA